AAGUUUUGGUCGAGUAAAAUUCACUCAUCCAAUACAUUUCUUAAAAAAAGUGUUUUAAUAAAUUUUAUAAAAAUAAUUUGAUUUCUUAGUUUAGUUAUUAUUUUUUAAAAUAAAUCUCCACAGAUUAAUCGCAUCAUUUUCCCUCCGUGUUAACAUUUUGAUGGAUCGUUCAGGCGAAGGAAAAAGGGAGGAGGAGCUUGGUUUCGAGCGGCUCGCCUCAUUCGUGUGCGAAUGCGAGCCUUUAUCCCAGGAAGAUCUUGAAGCCAUUGACGCCACUCUUCAAUCUUCUCUCCCCAAACCCAGCACCACCAACAACAACAAUAACAAACGCCCCUUCGCCUCUCACUCUCCCCCUCGCCGCAGCAGCCGCCGACGCUUACCCACAUCGCUCAUUGCUCUUCAACUCCCACCUUCUCUCUCUUUCUCACCUUCUCCAGGCCAUUUAAAGACGAGGUUGCCUGUAAUGAAGUUUUGUGGGAAAAUUAUGUACAGUAGGACGUUUACUGAUGUGGAGAAAGCUGUAACAAAGUUCCUAAAAAUCAUUGAAGAAAAGAAAAGAGACAUGAUUCAAAUUCCAAUCGGAUUUGACAUUGAGUGGAGACCCACCUUCAAAAGAGGUGUUCCACCCGGGAAAACAGCAGUGAUGCAGAUAUGUUGUGACACUAAUCAUUGUCUUGUUCUUCAUCUAAUUCAUUCUGGAAUCCCUCGAAAUCUACAGCUUCUACUUGAAGAUUCCUCAGUUUUGAAGGUUGGAGCGGGGAUUGGCGGUGAUGCUUCUAAGGUUUCGAGAGAUUAUUUCAUAUCCAUUAAAGGUGUGGAAGACCUUUCUUAUCACGCUAAUCAAAAGCUAGGUGGAGGUCCGAAUAAGUGGGGUCUUGCAUCUUUGACCGAAAAACUUCUAUCAAAACAGCUUAAGAAGCCCAGCAAAAUAAGAAUGGGGAAUUGGGAGACUCCUUAUUUGUCAAAGGAGCAACUAGAGUAUGCUGCCACAGAUGCUUUUGCUUCUUGGUUUCUCUAUCAGACUAUUAAAGAUCUCCCAGAUGCCCAGGAAGUUGCCGACAAAAGUAUUGAAGUUGAUGGUGCACCACAACAAUGACCGUAUCUCAUGUCUGUGUAGUGUGUACCAUAAUUCAUUUAAUGUAAAUUACAUUUAGUUAUUAUUUAUUAUGUACUAAAUUAAACGUCUGUUGUAAUUUUAUGAGAGUGUCCCAAGAAAUCAAGUCUACUGGAUGAUUCAGUCCCUUUUAUGGCCGGUAUUUUUAAUUUAAUUGAUAGUGGAUAUUUCAUUCACUAAGAAAAA